AUGUGGAGUGUACUUCAAGGCAAGAGUGACCCAGAAUUCAACACAAAUGUAGCCUUAGAUGGUUCUGGAGACUUUAACAAUAUCUCAAACGCUGUGAAUGUUGCGCCAAAUUACAGCAAGCAAAAGUAUUACAUCAAGAUUAAAGCAGGAACCUAUAAUGAGCAUGUUUUCAUUGGACGAGAGAAAACAAAUAUUGCUUUUAUCGGAGAAGACAUUAGAGGAGAUGGCUUCAUAGCGAAGCACAUAACCUUCAGAAACUCAGCUGGACAAACAAAUGGACAAGCAGUUGCGAUGAAGUGUAGUUCCAGCUUUUCGGCACUCUACAGAUGUAGAUUUGACGCCUACCAAGACACCCUUUAUGUCCAAACGGGUAUCCAAUUUUAUAGGGAAUGUGAAGUUUUUGGGACAAUAGAUAUUAUAUUUGGGGAUGCCACAGUGGUAUUCCAAAAUUGUGGCGUUUAUGUUUAUAAUCCUGGAAAGGGACACUCAAAUGUAAUAACUGCCCAAGGAAGGUCUAGUACUAAAUAUGUUUCCGGAAUAUCUCUCCAUAAUUGCACCAUCAAAGCUGCAAAUGACUUAAAUCCUGGAGUGAGAACCUACCUUGGCCGACCAUGGAGGCCAUUCUCCACCGUGGUCAUAAUGCAAUCUUGCUUAGGUGAUAUAGUAGACCCCGAGGGAUGGCAUAGAUGGGAUAAUAAUACUUCAACACUAGCCACACUAUAUUAUGGGGAAUAUCAAAACAACGGCCCGGGAUCUAACAUUUCGAAAAGGGUACGCUGA